AUGACACCGCUGCGGCGUCGGCCCGUGUGGCUGCUGACCUUUGCUCUGGCGUUCGUCCCUGCAUGUGCGAGGGCCUGUUCAACACGGGAGUUCACCUGCGCCCAGGGAUCAUGCGUGCCCGAGGAAAGCGUGUGUGAUUUCACGGAUAGCUGCGGGGAUGGCAGCGAUGAGGAAGACUGUUCAGACUACAGGCGUUGUGACUUCGAGGAGGGCUUCUGCGACCUUAUCCAGGGCUCAGAGCCGCUGUCUGGAUGGACCAGACGAACCACAGCACCAGGACUCGAACACGACCAUGCCAACAACCGGUCAGCACACUUUCUGUCCCUUUUACCCAUCGGAGGACAAAGAACCGUGGCAGAGCUGAAGAGUCCCGUCUUCCUGCCUUCUCACACAUGCAGGUUGAGCCUCUACUAUUACACCGGUGGAAAACAUGGAGGUCUUCAGAUCCUGAUUCAAACUCCCCCUUUGGGUCAGAGCAAAGUGGUCUGGAAAAACCAUGAACCGCAGAAAGACACGUGGCUGCAGGUGGUGAUACAGCUCAUCAGUGAGCACUCCUUCCAGGUGGUGAUUCGAGGUGAUCUAGCUGCUGACAGCGAAUCCUCUGACGUCGUGGCCGUUGAUGACCUAACCUUUAGUCGGGACUGUGCGAUUGCCUCUGAGAGCAGCGCGCCAACUCCUCCCCCGUGCCCCCCCUCAUGGUUUGCCUGUGGCGGUGGGGAGUGUAUAGAGGGCAGCAAAGUUUGUGACUUCACCCCACACUGUCGCAACGGCGAGGACGAAGCCAGCUGUCCUUCGCACUGUGACUUCGAGAGAGGCUCCUGUGGCUGGUAUGAGUUCACUCUCGGUGAUGGCUUUGACUGGGUAAGGGGCUCCUCCGUGGAGGUACCUCCAGACUACCAGGGCCUACCACCCCCACUGGACCACUCUACUAACACCACAGAGGGCCAAUUCAUGUUUAUAGUGAAGAACAGUAGCAGUCUCUCACCCAGAGCGGUGCUUCGAGGGCCCCAGUUCCAACAGUCAGCCUCUGGGUGCACAUUUACAUUCUGGCAAUACAAUGCAGGCAUAUCCGUAGGGGCUGCCGACAUGUAUUUACGCAUCCCUGGUGCCAAGAACAACACCAUAAUAUGGAGGACUUUCUACAACCAAGGAGCCCGCUGGAAGAGGGUCACUGUGCAGCUUGGACGCAUCAAACAGCCUUUCCAGAUCUCACUGGCGAAGCUCAGCCUCGGGGUUUUUGAUGGGGUCUCUGCCUUAGACGACAUCGCCUUCCAGAACUGCUCAAUGCCGCCGGCGACGGAGGAGUGUCCUAAACACACACACUUCCACUGUGUGCGAAGCCGUGCGUGUGUACAGCACCUGCAGCUGUGUGACCUGGUGGACGACUGUGGAGAUGGAUCGGAUGAGGACGGGUGUUCCCCAGAGAUGCAGUGUGACUUCGAACAUGGCCUGUGCAGCUGGAAACAGGAGCAGAGCGGCGGCGACGUCUUUGACUGGACCAGUAUUCAAGGUCCGACUCCCACCUUUAACACGGGGCCUUUGAAGGACCACACUCUCGGCACCGUAUAUGGACACUACCUCUACAUUGAGUCCUCCAUCCCCCAGCAUUUCAAGGACACCGCCGUGUUACUGAGCCGAGCCAUCCAGCCGACCCUCCGACGCGGCGAGUACCCACUCAGGACCCAGCAGCCCUGUGUUUUCCGCUUCCACUACCACAUGUUUGGCUCCCACGUUUUCCGCCUAGCAGUGUACAUCAGGACCACCGCUACAGGCCGUGGUCAAAUGCUGUGGGUACGUUAUGGAGACCAGGGCGACCUGUGGCACAGGAAGAUUCUCUACCUCAACAGCGCGAGGCCCUUCCAGAUAUUGAUAGAGGGUACUGUCGGCGACGAUUUCAAUGGCGACAUCGCUAUUGACGACCUGUCUUUCCUGGACUGCGUCCCAUACGAAGGAGAGCUGCCCUCAGUGAGUCCCACCACCCCAGCGACAACCACUGUAGCUCCCACAGUCCUGCCCCAUAGCUGCCCUGAAGGGGAGUUUGCAUGCGGGGCGCCUGGGGAGUGUGUAGACCAGGGCAAACUGUGUGACUUCAGAUACGACUGUUCUGAUGGCUCGGAUGAAGCAAACUGUGCGAAGGAGUUCUGUGGGUUUGAGGCCGGCGACACAUGUGGAUGGGAGGGGGCCUUUGCCUCGCCCAUCCCCAUCCACGCAUUUCGCUGGUUGCCUGACCAGGGGGAAACCAUCCACGAUGGAGAGCAGUACCACCGGCCGGUUAACGAUCACACACUAGGCAGCCCUGUGGGUUGGUACAUGUGUGCUGACAGUUCAAAUGGUGGCUACGGUCACACCACUGACCUCCAGACACCUGUCAUCUCUUCCACUGGACCACAGUGCACCCUGGUCUUCUGGUACCACAUGGGUGGAUUCACUGUGGGGUCACUGCAAGUGUUGCUGAAGUAUGGAAACCUCACUCAUAAGGUUUGGUCCCAGACUGGUAAUCAAGGCAACAAGUGGAGACGUGGGGAGGUGUACUUGGGGAUAUCCAAGAACUUCCAGGUGGUACUCAGGGCCAAGCGGGGCAUCAGCUACAUGGGCGAUGUGGUGGUAGACGAUCUCGUCUUCCAAAGUUGUGCCCCUCCACUGACCUCAGAUCAGCCGUGUGGGCCCGAGGAGUACGCCUGCACCAACGGACACUGUAUCCCCCAAGACAACUUGUGUGACUUCAUCAACCACUGCGGGGACAACUCCGAUGAGGAUCCCUACAUCUGCAAGGGUUUCAGUGGACGCUGUGACUUUGAGUUCGACCUCUGCUCCUGGCGCCAGUGUCGACAGGAUAACUUUGAUUGGCUGAUCAAAGCAGGCAGCACGCCAACGGUCGGCACGGGGCCCUCGACCGACCACACCCUGAGAGACCCAUCUGGUCACUACCUGUACCUGGAGAGCUCUUUCCCUCAGACCGCUGGAGAUGCUGCUCGCAUUAUUGGACCCCUGCUGAGCUACAGGAGCAAGCAGUGCAAGAUUCGGUUCUAUCUGCACAUGUCCGGAGACGGCAUCGGUACACUCAACGUCUUCCAGAGGAGCACAACAAACCUCCACCUCCUCCUGAACCUGACAGGAGACCAGGGCAACUACUGGCAGAUGAGGGAGAUCCACCUGACCUCUCCCAGCGACUUCCGCAUCGUGUUCGAGGGCAAGGUGGGCCGGAGUCCCAAGGGUGACAUCUGCCUUGAUGACAUAACCUUCUCCCCGGGGUGUCUGCUCGCUGCAUCGGGCGCAACAGUGGACAACACUCCUCCACCACCUUCCACAGGCUCCUGUCCUUUGGGCUCCCUGCAGUGUGACAAUGGCCGGUGCUUUGCUUCCGAGCAGAGCUGCGACUUCACAGAUGACUGUGGAGAUGGCACUGAUGAAAAGGACUGCGGCACAUCCUGCUCCUUUGAGAACGGCCGCUGUGGGUGGAAGAGCUCCCCGGCCGAUAACUUUGAUUGGACGCUGGGUACGGGGUCUGUCCAAAGUAUACGGCCUCCAUUUGAUCACACUUUGGAGAACGAGAAUGGUCAUUUUGUCUAUCUCCAGGCUGCACCAGUGGGACUGAAAGGUGAUAAAGCUCACAUCAGGAGCUCUGUGUGGAAAGAGUCGAGCGCCAUCUGCAAACUCUCCUUCUGGUACUACAUUUCCCAUAAGGCCACAGGAACCAUCCGUUUACUAAUUAAGACGGAGAACAACCUGUGGGAAGCCUGGAACAAGACGGGCCACCAAGGGAACAGAUGGAACAGAGCUGAGGUCCCGCUCAGGAAGCUGAGGGACUUCGAGGUGAUCUUCGAGGGGAUCCGCUCGAGGGAUGUGAGUUGGGGGGCGGCCCUGGAUGACCUGGAGUUCAUGAACUGUGCCCCCAGUGCUGCGGCGCCAGCGACUUGCCCAGCCGUCACAGACUUUGUGUGUCGGAGCAGCCACUGUAUCGAGUCCCACCUGGUGUGCGACAGCAAGGCCGACUGCGCUGACGAGUCAGACGAGUCAGACUGCGAUCACGUAAAUCGUUUACCUGGUGCCUGUAACUUCGACAUGCCCGGGGUCCGGUGGGAGGAGACCUGCCAGCUGUCCCAGGACUCUGACGACGACUGUGACUGGACGAUAGGUCGCAGGAGUCAGACACCAGGAACCGGACCCUAUAGCGACCACAGCCCUGGUGGCGGGGGGAAGUUCCUGUAUGUGCACUCCGCCAUUCAGAGAGAGGGCGAUGUCGCCAAGGUGUCGACCAGGAGUCCCUUCCCAGCCAGUAUCGGCCUGUGUCACCUGCGCUUCUGGUUCUACAUGCGCGGGUCCGACAGGAUGGGAACGCUGAAGGUUUAUACUGUUGGAUCCAGUGGUACCCGUCUCCUGAUGUGGGCGGCCGUUGGAAACCAGGGCAACCAGUGGAAAUACGCCAAUGUUAUCCUGUCCAACCCAGCACCCUUCAGGGUGAUGUUCCAGGCGGAAGUGGGUGGAGACAUGUGGACGGACAUCGCGCUGGAUGACAUCUCCUACACCACUGAGUGUAUAGCAGGAGGCCCAGUGACUCCUCAGCCUCUGACAUGCGGUGCGGACCUGUACCAGUGUGCGUACUCCUUCCAGUGUAUCCCAGAGAGCUGGCGGUGUGACGGGGAGCAGGACUGCGCCGACCUGUCCGACGAAGAGGGCUGUCCCGACCUGGUGCCCGGCACCCUCCCUCCUCAGGACCAUUGUCGUGAUGAUGAGUACCAGUGUCUGGACCGGCGCUGCCUGCCUUCCAUCCUGCGCUGCGACGGGGUCCCUGACUGCCCCGAGGGAGAGGACGAACACAGCUGCUCCCUGCUGCAGUGUGAACUGGGGGAGCUGGUGUGCGAGGGCUCCACCAGUUGCCUUCCUGUCCACAAGCGUUGCGACCAGUCCGUCGACUGCCUCCCCUUCCACUCAGACGAGUCCAGCUGUUUUGAGUGUCCCCCGUUCUACUGCCUGGAUCACGGAUCAUGCUUCGUGGAGAGACACGGGCCCAUUUGCACGUGCCAGGCAGGGUGGACGGGCAACCGUUGCCACGUGAGGGAGAAGCCAUCCUCCUCCACCCCGACGCCCCAACCAGAAGACAUAAACCUGGAUUCUGUUUAUGUUGGCAUAAGCAUCGGAUCAGUCAUGCUGGUCGCUGGGAUUGCCGUCUGCAUCCUGUUCCUGUGGAUAAGGAGACGCUCCCUAAAGAAGCUUGACACGAUGAAGUACAAAGUGACGAAUGGCCUACCGUCUGACAGGGGAACACGGCCCCCCUCCCUGAGUGAUUGGCCCAACACUUGCUCCAGGGUUGACCCCGCAAAGAGUGAUGGCCCUGGGCUUUCCAUCAGUGUCUAUCCCUGGAGGACAGAUGUGGAGGAUUCGACCUGGAGAGAUGCCAAGCUGUCCUUCGCUAACCCCUUGUACCAGUAUUCCCCUGAUGCUAAUGGAGUUGACCAUAACAGCUCUGAGGCGUAAAAACAAUGGACUUAACAUACUGACACUGCGGUGGGCCUGGGUCAAAGGGCGUUCGGGACACUUUUCAUGAAUUGUUAUAAAUGUUUGUUUUGCCAGAUUUUUCAACUUGGAGGUUUUUGCGAUACGUAACGAGUGACAGAAAUGUUGGGAUAACCAGG